AGCUGUGUAGCGCUGCAUUAAAGUAUCGCACCAAGUUUCUGCGCCUAGACAAUACAACUUUGAAGUCUUUGUCGUGCUGUCUCUACCGUACUGAAGCUCACAGUACGUGACGAAGCCGCGGCCGUGCUGCUUGGCGCAGGCGCGCUGCCUCCACUCGCGGCUCCACAUUGAGUGUUUGCAUUGUGUCUGAACUGCCGGGGCGAGCUUUAAAGAAAUAUUAUACCAACAGCAGCAAUGUCGGGCAGGUCGGUCCGUGCAGAGACCCGGAGCAGAGCGAAAGAUGACAUCAAGCGGGUUAUGGCCGCUAUUGAGAAAGUGCGGAAAUGGGAGAAAAAAUGGGUGACGGUGGGCGACACUUCCCUACGGAUCUACAAGUGGGUCCCCAUGACUGAGCCCAAGUCUGAUGAUAACAAGAACAAGAAAAAAAGCAAAGAUGAGAAGUAUCGGUCGGAGGUGACGACCCCAGAGAACAGCUCCUCUCCUGGGAUGAUGGACAUGCAGGACGACAACAGUAACCAGAGUUCCCUCGCUGACUCGUCGCCAGUCAAGCAGGAGGCCAGCCCCGGCGCGAGUCCCACCCCUGAGCCCCCGGCCGUCUCCCAGGGCGACAGCAACGAGGCCAAGAGUGACGCCAGCCAGUCCCCGAGCAAGAGUCACCCAUCUUCAGAGUCCUCCAUGUCCAGCACGAGCAAGAAAGACCUGUCCUCAGAGGAGCAAGAACUGUCUACAGAAACCGCUAAGAACACUCAGGAAUUGGAAUCUGGGGCCCCUCCCUGUAAGAAGGGCAAGCUGGAUUCCCCCUCCCAAGACUCUGAGGAGAGCUAAACUUCCCCUCCUGCAGGUUAAACCUCUCUUUACACCUCCAUGUGUCUCACCACCUCUGGCCCACCACUUCCGCACUGACUCCCCAUCGAGGAGGAGGAGGAGAAUGAGGAGGAAGGGGUUGCCUUCACCUCCUGCUGAGCCUCCCUCACCCCCCCCCCCCCCCCCACUCCACUCCAGGAGCCCAUAAAAGCCCCAGCCCAGGGGGGGCU